AUGGACUCGAACGUCCGGGAGCCAACGCACAUCAAUGCGCUGCGUCCCCGAGCUGCCGAAGACGAGAAGAUCUCUUUCCUUUUGAAUGGCCAUUCCUGCAGCUUCUCGACCGACAUGAUGCCCGAUGAGAGCCAAAUCACCACUAGCGACCUCACCAGCAGCACCAAGGAAGCCAGCCACAGCAGCCAAGAGCACAUCCUGCAGCAGCAGCAGCCGCACCAUUACCAUCCUGCGAAACAGCGAUUUGUCAACCUCCCUCCGCCACAAUGUACGAGCCGCUGUCGCCAAUCAUGGACCAAAGCCGUGUUGUACCUCACGGGCCUCAUCCUAAUCUCGGUUUGGUAUGCCAGCAGGCAAUACGGCGCCGGCAGCGGGCGCUGGCCAGCCCGCCAACCACCGCAAUCCCCUGCUUCACCUUCACCCGUCCGGAACUGGGAUUCGGCGGCCUCCAAGGCCGCAGCUUUUACGGCGCGUCUCAACCUUACCGAAAAGACCCGAAUAGUUACUGGUCGUAUCGGUCUUGAGGUCGGCGGCUGCAUUGGCAACAUCCCGCCGAUCGAGCGCGUCGGCUUCCGCGGCCUCUGCCUGCUCGACGGGCCCACGGCGCUGAACCGCGCCGAUCUUGUUAGCGUGUUCCCGGCCGGCCUGACAACGGCCGCUAGCUGGGACAAGGAUUUAAUUUACAAGCGUGGAAAGGCGUUGGGUGAGGAGUUUCGGGACAAGGGCGUCCACGUUGGACUUGGACCAGUGGCUGGACCGCUGGGCCGGAACCAACUCGGUGGACGCAAUUGGGAGGGCUUUUCUGUCGAUCCAUACCUCACUGGUGUUGCUAUGAGCCUCACCAUCAAAGGCAUGCAAGAUGCUGGCGUGCAGGCGUGCGCAAAACACUUCAUCGGCAAUGAGCAAGAAACUCGACGAACUAAUUCCUGGCUGGAAAACGGCACCGAAAUCGCAGCGAUCUCUUCCAACAUCGAUGACCGCACCUUGCAUGAGCUGUAUCUAUGGCCAUUCGCCGAUUCUAUCCGCGCGGGCGUUGCCACAGUUAUGUGUAGUUACAACAGGCUCAAUCAGACCUACGCCUGUGAGAACUCUAACCUUCUCAACGGGAUUCUCAAGGAUGAACUCGCCUUCAAAGGAUAUGUGCAGAGCGAUUGGUACGCGACUCACUCAGGACCGGAAUCAAUCAAUGGUGGCUUGGAUAUGAACAUGCCGGGACCGAUCGGCCAAGCCGAGACUUUCACGGGCGAAACCUACUGGGGACCCAACAUCACGAAAAUGAUCAGCGACGGUUCUGUCACUGAGGAUCGUCUUGACGAGAUGAUUCAGCGCAUCAUGACACAGUACUAUCUGUUUGGGCAGGAUAGCGCCGACUACCCGACGGUUGACCCAUCCAUCAUCUUCACCAUCGCAGCACAAUCGAAUCUUCUUCACUUGAUCCCAUUUGGGCCCCCACCGAGCCGCGAUGUUAGACGCGGUCACUCCAAGAUUAUUCGCAAGCUCGGUGCCGAAGCCACUGUCUUGCUGAAGAACGUCAACGGCACCCUUCCAUUGAAGCAACCCUCCAACAUUGGCGUCUUCGGUAACGAUGCGGCAGACCCGGCCGACGGGCUUGUCUUUGGCGCUGGGUUUGAGAUUGGCACACUCUCAAUCGGCGGUGGUUCUGGGACGGGCCGGCACACAUAUCUGGUUUCGCCUCUCGAAGCGAUCAAGGCUCACGCUCGUGGGAAUGGCGCACGGGUGCAAUACAUCCUGAACAACAAGGUCCUAGCUGCAGGCGACUUCAGCAGCUUGUACCCUAUCCCAGACGUUUGUCUCGUGUUUCUCAACACGUUCGCUUCUGAGGGCUACGAUAGGACAGACAUCGAGGCAGAUUCGACCUCGACGCUAGUUGUUGAGAACGUCGCUCGGCGAUGCCCGAACACAGUCGUCGUGACACACUCGGCUGGCAUCAACACCUUGCCAUGGGCUAAUAACCCCAACAUCACAGCCAUCCUAGCAGCCCAUCUUCCAGGACAGGAAUCUGGUAACUCCAUCGUCGACGUUCUCUGGGGGAAGGUGACGUUCUCUGGGGGAAGGUCAAUCCUUCUGGAAAGCUGCCGUAUUCAAUCGCCGCCAACCCGAACGACACCAACAUCCCAGUCGUUAACCUUACUGAGGCCGAGAUAUCCUCGCCCACAGCAUGGCAAGCCGAUUUUACGGAGGGCCUGUACAUCGACUAUCGGCAUCUAG